AUGGAGGAGCGCACUCCGGGCCAGUUCACGCCACAUCUUUACCUGUCUAUCGCCGCCCAGAGGGGAUUACAAAUACGCCAGUUCACCUCUCAUCCUGCUCGCAGGAAAGACAAGCCUCCAGAGGAUGAUGCGCUGCCCAAGAAAGAAGAGGCCGAGACAAAGGAAAAGAAAGUCGAGAAUGAGCUGGAUGACGCACCACGGACAGAAGAUGCUGCUGAAGCCAAGAAACCCCCCGCCGAGCCGCAGCCGAUACCUCAAUCUGCGAGCGAUGGCCGACCGGCGGCUGCAGGAGGCAGCGGUAAUGACUCAAGCACAGGAACUGGACAGAGCUCCGGUGCUGGGGGCGAUGGUAGCAGGCGUGGGCGCCGGAGCACACAGAUAUCCAAACCUACCAUUCCAGAGACCUACCCACAGGUCAUGGCUAUCCCCAUCGCGAAGCGACCUCUAUUCCCGGGUUUCUACAAAGCGAUCACCAUCAGAGAUCCCAAUGUCGUUGCUGCGAUAACAGAAAUGAUGAAGAGGGGACAACCCUACGUGGGUGCAUUCCUCUUCAAGGACGACGCUGCCGAUAAAGACAUCAUUGAGAAGAUGGAUGACGUCCACGAUGUAGGCGUCUUUGCUCAAAUCACCAGCGCGUUUCCCGUGCACGGUGACGAACACAGCUUGACUGCGGUUCUAUACCCACACCGAAGAAUUCGAAUGACUGCCUUGAUGCCACCAUCAACGACGGGAGACGGGGCUUCGGUGGUCGAAGUGCAGACUGUCAAGGAAGCCAAACCUAAGACCGAUGGCACAGACAACAAGGGCGAUGUUGUGGCAAGCUUCGAGGAACCUAACAAGGACCAACCUGCACAACUGAGUGUUUACGAACCCACUGCUUUCUUACGCAAAUUUCCUGUCUCACUAGUCAACGUGGAAAAUAUGACAGAGCUACCUUUUGACAAGAAGAGCGGUGAAAUCAAGGCGCUAACAUCGGAGAUUGUCAGUGUAUUCAAGGAAGUCGCCAGCCUCAACCAACUCUUCCGAGAUCAGAUCUCCGACUUCAGCGUCUCACAAUCCGCGGGCAAUGUGCUUGAAGAGCCAGCCAAGCUAGCCGACUUUGCAGCGGCAGUUUCUGCCGGUGAGAUUGGAGAAUUACAGGACGUCCUGCAGACAAUGGAUGUUGCUCAACGGCUGCACAAGGCUCUUGUCGUACUUAAGAAGGAGCUGAUGAAUGCACAGCUACAAUCCAAAAUCUCAAAAGACGUUGAGAGCAAGAUACAGAAACGUCAACGUGAGUAUUGGCUUAUGGAACAGAUGAAGGGCAUUCGAAGAGAGCUCGGGAUCGAGUCUGAUGGCAAGGACAAGUUGGUGGAAAAGUUCCGGGAAAAGGCUCAAAAGUUGGCUAUGCCUGAAGCUGUGAAAAAAGUCUUUGAGGAAGAGCUCAACAAACUCGCACAUUUGGAGCCUGCGGCAUCUGAAUUUAAUGUGACGAGGAACUACCUAGAUUGGAUUACCCAGAUUCCGUGGGGCCAGAGAAGUGCUGAAAACUUUGGCAUCCAAAACGCCAUGACGGUCCUAGACGAAGACCACUACGGCUUGAAGGAUGUCAAGGACCGAAUUCUCGAGUUUAUUGCGGUCGGCAAGCUCCGCGGAACGGUGGAAGGGAAGAUUUUAUGCUUUGUCGGGCCUCCUGGUGUUGGAAAGACAUCUAUCGGCAAAUCAAUCGCUCGGGCGCUAAACCGGCAGUACUAUCGCUUCAGUGUGGGCGGUCUGACUGAUGUCGCCGAGAUCAAAGGCCACCGCCGGACAUAUGUUGGCGCGUUGCCGGGAAGGAUAAUUCAAGCACUCAAGAAAUGCCAAACCGAGAACCCCUUGAUUCUCAUCGAUGAAGUGGACAAAAUCGGUCGCGGUCAUCAGGGAGAUCCGGCGUCUGCGCUCCUCGAACUUCUCGAUCCCGAACAAAACUCUAGCUUCUUGGAUCAUUACAUGGACAUCCCAGUCGAUCUGUCCAAAGUUCUCUUCGUUUGUACGGCUAACAUGACCGAUACCAUUCCCCGACCCCUCCUCGACCGAAUGGAGUUGAUUGAACUCAGUGGCUAUGUCGCGGACGAGAAGAAAGCGAUUGCCGAUCGAUACCUUGCGCCACAGGCGAAAGAACUUUCUGGAUUAAAGGAUGUAGACGUCAACUUGGACGAGUCCGCGAUCGAAGAGCUUAUUAACAAGUAUUGCCGGGAAUCUGGGGUGCGCAAUCUCAAAAAGCAAAUCGAAAAAGUUUACCGCAAAUCGGCACUGAAGAUUGUUCAAGACCUUGGUGAAGAAGCCUUUCCCGAGGCAGAGGCCCUGACGGAAGAGGGCAAAGCUGCCCUUGAAGAGAGCAAAAAGGACGAGUCAGAUAUCAAAGACACCCCGGAAACGAUCGAGCAAGAAACGACUGAAAAGCCCCGGAUUGCACUUACGGUUCCAGAUUCUGUCCACAUUACGAUCACAAAGGACAACUUGAAAGAUUACGUCGGCCCGCCUAUCUUUACUGCUGACCGACUAUACGAGACCACGCCACCUGGUGUAGCCAUGGGUCUAGCCUGGACAAGCAUGGGUGGCGCGGCAUUAUACGUCGAAUCAAUCCUCGAAUCAGCUCUUUCUUCUUCCAGUCGACCCGGGCUGGAGCGGACAGGUAAUCUCAAACCAGUUAUGAAAGAGUCGACUUCGAUUGCAUACUCGUUUGCCAAGCACGUCAUGGCGACGAAAUUCCCUGAGAAUACAUUCUUCGACCACGCCAAAAUACAUCUUCAUUGUCCCGAGGGCGCAGUCCAGAAGGAUGGUCCUUCGGCAGGCAUCACGAUGGCGACUUCUCUGCUGAGUCUAGCGAUGGACAAAGAAGUCGACCCCGCCUUAGCAAUGACAGGCGAGUUGACAGUUACAGGUAAAGUACUUAGGAUAGGCGGAUUAAGAGAGAAGACGGUCGCUGCGAGGAGGGCUGGAUGUACAAAGAUUCUGUUUCCAAAGGAUAAUUGGGGGGAUUGGUGCGAGUUACCAGAGAAUAUCAAAGAAGGCAUUGAUGGUCAUGCGGUUGAUUGGUAUGAUGAGGUCUUCGACAUCGUCUUUCCCAACGUCAGCACAAAGGAAAUUAACGCUCGGUGGAAAGAAGCUUUGGAGAGAAAAGAAAAAGGGGGCAAAGGGAAGAGCAAAGAUGGCAAAGACGAUGACGACGAUGACUGA